AUGUCAUUUGGUACCUCAUCAAUUUGUGCUAUAUGUAGAAGUCAACCAAGUACUGCAUCAUGUGAAGGUUGCCAACAAAAAUUUUGUCCAACAUGUCUAUCUCAACAUCGUGAUCAACUGUCGGCUGAACUUGAUGAUCUUUUUAAUCGUCGAAAUGAACUUUUUGAAAUUAUUAAUAAUUCUUCGUCAAAUACUACAAAGAUUAUAAGUCCUUGUUUUGAAGAUAUUAAUCGAUGGCAAAAUGAAAUGCAUACAACUAUUGAUCGUAUUGCAACAACAGCACAAGAUCAUGUUCGACAAAUCUUGUCAGAAGCAAGUAAAAAUGUUCGCAUUGAACUUGAUCGAGUUUCGCAAGAUUUACAACAAAGACAAAAAAAUGGUGGAUAUGUUGAAGGUGAUCUUAAUCGAAUAAAACAACAAUUAACAAAUCUUAAUGGCAUAGUUCAACGAUUUAAUGAACAAAUUCAAAUUGAUACGUCUAAUACAAAAAGUAUUAAUUGGGAUUCAUUACUACAUGUUAUACAUAAUAAUUCAAAUCAAACAUAUACAAAAGUACCAAAUGUUCCAAUAAGUUCCACAUUGUAUAGUUCUUAUAAUCAAAGUAAAAGUUUCUACUUAAUAACAUAA